AUGAACGUUGCGCUACGCUUACCCUUACUUGAUGGCGAGGUCCGCUACGCGGUCCUGAGAGAGUACGCACAGAGAGCAGUGGAUGUCCUCGCACGACGCAUCCGCUUGACCUUUUUGGACGCCCAGGCUGCGGCAUCAGUGCUGCCAGCCGUGAUUGGCAUCAUGGUGGAGGAGUUAGAAUGGGGAGAGGUCCGCAACCAUUCCAAGUUUACCGAGUCUAUCCAGUUUCUACGAUCGAUGGGGUUGGAGGGGGAAACGACAGAUGCAUUGUUGGCAUAA